GAUGGCUUGACGAGUUUGGAUUGUAAACUGGAUGGAUUGCAUCCUUUCCUCAUUAUUACAUACAAGAAUAUUACAAUAGCAGCAGACAAGAUUACAAUCCCACACAGCGAACGUGUUACAGUGAGAUGUCGAGAACUAGGAAGGUACAAACUUGUCGGUAAUCCUUUUCUGCAGUGUCGGAAUGGAGAAUGGAAUAAUAAGCCACCUUCUUGUUUACCAACAACUUCCAUCUCUAAUUACAGCGAACCUUCUGGAGCAUUAGCAGUAUUUCCUGGAAGUAUUUUACAUCUCGAGUGUUUAUUCGCUAGACAGCUGGGUAAUCCAGAAUGGACGUGGACGUCGACGUUUCGUCAAUAUCUCACAGGCUGGGCAAUUGCUGCGUCGGAAAAAGAUUGGAAAUACAGAUUAUCGAUAUACUACGUCAAAAAUCAAGACUCUGGAGUUUAUACUUGUUCGACGCCGAAAGGUUUGACUAAUUCAAUCCGCAUACACGUUAUAGACUUACAUUGCCCUACAUUGACAGUUGCUUCGCCAAUGAUCUCAAGAAUUCAAGGAACGAGAAUGGGACAUAAAGCAGAAUUCGAAUGUCCAGAUGGUUACAGACUCGAAGGAUCUCAACGUUUGAAUUGUCAAUACAACGGAAUAUGGUCAAGUGAAGUACCACACUGCGAGCCAAUACUUUGUCCGCAAAUAAAUAUAACAAACCCUAGACUACAAGUAUUAGCGUAUAACAAUACCGUUGGGGGUAGAGCGUCUUUUGAUUGUAUGUGGGGUAAUAAUCUAAUUGGUGAAGCGACAAUUAUUUGCAGAGAUGACGGAAAGUGGAGUUCUCCUCCUCCUCAUUGUUUUCAAAUAAUUUGCCGGCUGCCAGCUAUACCAAAAAAUACAAAAAUUAUAGAAGAUCGAUCAAGUUCUGGAAAGAAACGUGUCCGUGUAAAGAAAGUAGGAUCUCUUUUGAGGUUUGCGUGUCUGCCUAGUCAUCAACUGAUUGGUGAAGCAUCAAUUAUCUGCAUGGAAAAUGGAACGUGGUCACACGAUCCGCCUCAAUGUGAAGUAAGAUGUCCAUAUCCAGGCGACCCACCACAUGGAAAAAUAGCCCCGCUGAAAUUUUGGUACAAACCUGAAGACACUAUCCAAGUAACUUGUUCACCUGGGUACGUAACACCUCUCGAACCAGUUAAAAGGCCUACUUGUCGCGAAAACGGUAUGUGGAGUGGACCACCCCCUCCUUGCCGAUCUUAUCGUGAUGUAUGA